GGCAUGCUACGCUCCUUAACGCCUCUAUUCCUUUCGGCUAGCUCAGAUAUGAUAUUUCUAAAUUAGCCUGCAACUAGAGUCCCAUGCAAUUUCAAUGUGAGCCACAAGCUUACGGCUGGUCGUUGUUAAAUAGAGGCCAUGGCCGCUCAUAUUCGAGUUCGUUCUUUAUGCCAUACAAUCACACUCCUUUGAAUACUUUCGUUCACGUCAUUCCUUUAGAUCAAUUUUUUUUAUCACGUGUAUUUAUAUUAUGUUCCGUCAACUUACACUCCUUGUCGCUUCGGCCUCACUGGCCUUGGCUGCCACCAUCCCUUUUGUCCCCCGGGGCACAGGCGCAGGCAUUACUCCUCACGUGCAGUACUCCUCCUCAGUCGGCGUUGUCGGCUGCAAGAUCAACACCAACCGUGUGGCCUAUUGGCCCAGCGCGGUCGACUGCAAUGACAUCUGCGUCAAGGUCACCUACAAGGACCGCUCCCUCCACAUCCUCAAGAUUGAUACCUCUGGCGGCGCGUACGAUAUAUCAUAUGACGCUUGGAACUACCUCGCCUUCGGCAAAUCUGCAAAAGACGACCCGCAUACUGGAGGUGCUAUUCAUAUGAAGUAUGAGGUCGUCGACCCUAGCAAGUGCGCCGAUCUCAUGGACAACGGCAAGCUGCCCCUCUCGGCAGCCAACAGCAUGGACUUUCUCUCUUCAUGUCUUAGCCAGCCCGACAGUUUUGUCGCCCAAAACCACGAGUUGUACAACAUCGCCGACCCUGUCUGCCACUAUGGCGUUGAUGAGGUGUGCAGCCUCGACCUCUCUGUCAGCAACCAGCCCUCGUGUCCCAGUGGUCUCGGCAGCACAGCUCCGCUAGACGAGCCGGUGUAUAACAUCGAGUUCGGAACCGGCAAGGAGGUCGUCGCCUAAGAACAUUCUCCCCUAUCUCGCGCAAAGCUGUAUAUCCCUGUCUCAAUGUAGAUACUCAAAUGUACUAGAAUGCUCAAAGUUGCCAUGAGUAUCACAGAUCCAAAUACGUGAGAGGCUGCGAGUUGAUAUUAUCCCGGAUCAGAAACUGCCAGAAGUGAAAAUCCGCCAAGCCACUUACAUUUUAUAGGGCAAAUCUAUGGCACGAAUGCCAACCACAACUAGGUCCAAGUUUUAUAAUUUUACUGUGUUUAGGCCUCGUCGCACGUCGGUUCCUAAUGUUGCACUCAAGAAUAUUCCUGUAAACCCACGGGUUAAUAUACCUAUUCUGUAAGUUAUCUGCGAAGAAUCUAUGUCAGUAUAAAU